AUGCAUAUCCACGACCUCCCCACCGAACUACACAUCGAAAUCCUAAAAUACCUUCGAUCUUCAAUCUCAGACCAGAUCUCUAUCAGCCUAACCUGCCAACGGUGGAGUAAGAUCCUAGAUGCCCGCGUUUUCAAACUCAGUCGUUACAACUAUCUCCCGCAAUACUAUAACAUUGGAAUCCACAAGCUCUUCGAUAUCGACGAGGAUACAUUCAUCCCUUAUACUGGAAUGAGCUAUGACCGCAAACAAUCCGAAUUAUACUACAAACGUGACCUCGGGAUACUGGGCUUAGGUUGCGAAUAUGAUCGCGAUACGGCGAAAGUUACAAAUUUUUCCUAUCUGUUCCGUCACGGAGCUCAAGACAAUGAGCUCGAGAUGCAAAUGGAAGAGUUUUUCAAUAUAACUAAUCUAACCAAAGUUGAUAUUUCAACAUGUCCUUUUCUCGACGAGCCGCUGAUCAUUCAUAAACCCGGAUUAAAAAUCAUGAACACCCAGCAUUCCGAUCGCUUAGCAGUAUCUCCAAUGGAACAAAGAACAAUCUCCAAAUAUCGAAAGAUUCUAUCUCAAGAUCCUGAUAUCCACCCUAUACGCCCCAUGUCAGUUGGUAAACACGCACAGGGACAUAUAUUAACCCGGAUGCUCCGGAUUGCAAAAUGCGAAUGCGAUCUCGACGUCCGGUACAUUUGUAGUACACAAUAUGAGGACGAACUCGGCCCUUCCUCGAAAUAUCGGUGUCCGACGGGGGUGAGCCGUUGUAGAUAUGAUCUUGAAGUAUUUUGGCCGGCGGGUGUGGUUAGGACACCAUCUAAGGAUGUUACGGUUAGACAGGCUGUACAGGCUGUGGUGAAUGGAGUUUUAAGUUGUCAUUUGAAUGAGGGUGUGAUGGAGCCUGGCUAUGGUUAUGUUAGAUCUUUCGGGUUUGCAUCAGUUAUUACAGCUCCAUGGAAAAUUUGGGGCCGUGAUAGUGACGAUGGGUGUAGAUGGUGGCACUUAGAAGGGGUUCAUUAUGGACCUUGGAAGAAAGUCCGCCGUAUAAAAUCUGCCGAUGAGUAUGAUAACGCUAGGGAACUCCAAGGUCACGAAGGAGACAUAGUGGAUAGGAUGGAAACUCAUUCUAUGUCAUGA